AUGGCUUCUUAAAAAUUUAUGGAGUUCUUAUCAAACAAUGACAAAUUAAGAAUGAAUGAUAUGAAAUUGAUUGAGCAAGAAUAGUAUUAUAUCAGCUAAUUAAAGGAUCAAAGGGAAAAAGUAAUUAUACACUAUUAUAAAUCAUAGAUGGAAUUAUUAAAAAUUGAAUUUAUGAAGAAAGAUCAUGUCAUCUUAGAGUUGUAAGGACACUUGGAAUAAUUAUAAGAUGAAUGUGAAUAGCUAAGAGAAAUUUAUUAAGAACAUGUUCAAAAUUAAGAAAAUGAAUUCUAUAGAUUGAAUAAAUUAUAAGUGGAAAAAGAUAAUUUAAUUAAAGAUAAUUAAGAAUUAAAGGAUGUAAUUUAACAUUUACGAAAUGAAAAUGAAACUUUAAAUGUAUUCAAAAUGAAAUUAUUUCAUAGUCGUUAUAAUUUAAAAAUGACGAUUAAUAAAGAUAGUUAUAAGAAUAAUUGGUUCUGCUGGCAGAAGAAAAUUCAAGAUUAAAGUCAGAAAUAGCAAAGUUGGACGAACUAUUGUUUACAUAUGAACCUCUAAAGUAAGAAAAUGAAAAGCUUAAUGAAAAACUAAGACAAUAUAAGCAUGAGAAACACAAAUUGUCAUAGGAAUUAAAAUAAGGAAAACAAGAAAUCAACAAAUAAAUAGAAGAGUUUAAAUCUGGUUAUGUUAAAGACUUAAAAAAUGAAAAUUAGAGAUUACAAGAAUAUAAAGAUUAAUAUCAAUCAUUAAAAAUACAAAUACAAGAUUUAGAAUAGAAGUAUGUUGAAGCGAUUGAUGAAAACAACAAUUUGAAACUAGAAAUUAAGUCUCUUUAUGAAAAGGAGGAAAGUGAAAUUAAAAUUAAAUCAGAAAUUGAUAGAGUAAAAUUAUUUUAUUAAAUUAAAGGUUAGAUAAGACCUUAUGUCAGUAAGAUACUAAGAGACUCUAAAAUUAAAUGAAUUAUUUAAUGGAAUGAUUAGUUUGAGCAGUUUAGCAAACUCUAGAGAUCAUUUUAAUUGA